AUGGCCAGAGCAAAGUUAACAAAGAAAUCAACAAGAAAAUCAGGCAGCAACACACACAUAGAAAAGAUAGUAGAUGAAAUAUUGGGUAGUGAGGCAGAUUCACAACAGAAAGUUAUGAAGGAUAUAGAUGUUCAAACAGACAAUGAAAGACACAUAAUUCCAGAAGAGAAAACCAAGAGUUCAGAAAAUAAGGAGUAUGAAAGUGAACAGGACGAAAUGAAUGAUAGAAGAGAUCAGGAUGCCUACGAUAGCCACAAGACAGGGAGAAAGGAACACAACAGUCAUCAAUAUCCUUCCAGCAGAAUAGACACAGAAAUAAGAAACCAACCUCUUAUCAAAUUGGUGUUAGAACUAUUUGGGGAUGACCAAAACAAAGAGGUCACUAACAACCAGGAGGAUGGAAUUGAGCAACAAGAAGCUGACUCAAUUUCUUCAAAUAUCAAUGAAGACAAGCAAAGAGGUAGCUUCGAGAAGUCGCAAGAGAAAGUGAGAACAGAGGAAAAUUCAUGUCCAGAAGAUGGGAAAGAAAAAAACAGACAAAAAAGGACAGGGAAAAAAUCCAAAACAAAAGACACUCCUUCCCAAAGAGGGAAGGAACAAAAACAGGGUACUCAGAAUCAAGUAGAAGAAAAUGCUAUGUGGAGAUUAAAGACUAAGUUGCAAACACUGGCCAGAAGUCUCAGUCAGUGGUCUAGAGAAAACAUUGGCGACAUAUACGAGCAGUUCAAUAACUGGGAAGUCAAAGUACAACAACUUGAAGAGUUGGACCUUCAACAUAACUCGGAGAAUUGCAGGGAAGAGCUUAACAAAGCUCAUGUGGAAUAUGUUAAAUGGCUGGGUUAA